GUUACGGGGAUGGGGGGUAGGAAACAAGAGACUGGAUUUUGGUGUAAGUCAGCAGGUUGUAUUUUCCCCCCCGGAAGGCAAUCGACUUUAGACAAGGAUGAGUACAUAACGUGAAAGGCCGCUCGCACUUUCGAAAUCGGUAGCUUUCGAAACAAUCCUCCUUUCCCCCAAAUUUCUCACACAGCGGCGAUCGCGUCUUUCUUUCUUCUCAGAACAUGGCUGGCCUUCGAAGAUCCAAGCGACUGGAGUCUUGCAAUCAACCUGACCAAGACAAAGUCACCAAGAUCGCAAGAACGUCAAAAGAUCAGGAAAAGGUGGUUCCAGGGAAGAACAAAAAGACGCGAGGGAGCGCCAUGGAAGGACCUUCGGACCCAGGGAUCGGCAGAGCAUCGCUGGAUAAUCCAUCGCCAAAAGAUGCAUCGCCGAACCGUGCAUCGGAACAACAGCUGGGCGAAGAAGAAGCAGUGUGGAAAGAAGCACAGCAAAAGGAAGGACAGGCCAGCGCUGAAUUAGCUAAGAGUCAAUUCAAGAACAUGGAUGAGGGUCUUGAAGACUUCCGGCGGGCUCUUCAGUUGCAGGUUGGUUUAGGGUACCAACAAGGUUACCUUUUCAAGAUAUGGGACCAGCUUCAUAGUCGCAUUAUGAAGAUCUCAGAGGUAGCUGGUUUCAAGGAUCUUCCCUGGGAUAGUCUUGACGAGGCCACUCAGCAAAAGUUCAUUGGAUAUUCGCCUCAUGCCCAACAGCUCUUUGAGACACCUCUCAUACGUCAGUUUAUGUUUGCACGUUGGAUCUGGGAGAUCAUUGAUGAGAACUUUUUGUCUAGAAAGAGUCAGGACAUUGAGUGGACGUCGCCGUAUUGGGAAGCUCAAGCCACGAUGGAGCGCAUCUUACGAGAGAAAAACUUCUGUUACGACGAGGAAACACGGAGUUUCCAGUAUCCCAACUGGCGAUACACAACAAUCGAGCUCUAUUACUCCAUUGAAGAAGUGGGCCAAUUUGAAAAGAGGAUUGAGCCGGGAUGCGUGGUCAAGAUCCUGGAGAAAGCGCUUGGCCAAUACUUCCCUGAGAAUCCUGACCCCUUCUGUAAAAAGAUGCUCUCACUUCUCACAGAAACGGUUGUCAAUUUCGAGUUGAAGUUCGACUGCGGUCGCCAGACUCUUCGAAAUGUCUUUCAUGACCCCAAGACCAAGGAGGCAUAUGGAUUUCCAUUUUCAGCCAGAGUCGAGGGAUUCCACGCUGGAAACGUGAUGCAAUCAGCUGGCGGCGACGACGAUGCUACAUACGAUGGUCGGCCUGUCGAUCUGGUUGUGUCGCCUAUGCUGGUGUUUUAUGGGGAUCAAGAUGGAUAUGAUUACCACGUUGCGACUGUCGCAUUUCCUAUGCGAGUGUGUGUUGGAUACCGUGACGGCUUUGACCAGGACGAGGUGACUGAGACGGAGGGGGACGGAGAAGAGGAGGUGAAGAUGAUCAAGGAUAAAGAGGGCGGUAAGGAGGAUGAGGAUGAGACGAAGAUCGAGGACGAGGAGUAAGUACAGAGGAGCUCCCGCACUGGAAAUCUGAUUUGGGCGGGAAUUUUCGAUCUGAG